GGUCAAUGGCCCAACCAACGGUGGAGGUGACUCAUUCGGAGAAAAAAGAGAAGGACGAUUGUGAGGAAGAGAUCAGGUAUAUCCAAAGGAACUAUUGUCGUGAAAUCAGCAGCGAGGACGAUUACAGAAGCAGCUCAGUUAGGGAACUCGAGAAUGUCAGACGUUCGGUUAGAGGUGUCAAGGGAAAAAGAAUGAAGUCCUCGCGAACUAAGCAAGGUUUCGGGUCACGGCACAGGAAGGCAAGACCCAAGAGGAAAAAAAACGAGGACUAUAGCGAGCCCUGUUGUCCAUUGGAAAGGACAGACGUUGAUUGCGACAUUCAGCCACUUUCUGGUUAUCCAUGCGUGAACAAAUCGCAUCGUCCUAAAGUGACGUAUCCAAGUUCGAGAUUAAUCAGACGUCAUUCUAGUCGUCUGGUUUCUCCAAAAUUGUAUAGUCGAUAUAUAAAAAGGGAUUUGACAAGAGACUAUCCAGGUAAUAUCGAUAUCAAGGUUAUCCACGACUGGCCUGAUAUUGGAACUGAUCAACGAGUUCCAAGAUCGAAAGACAAGGUAUAUCGUUUGGAGACUCGAAAGAUAGUUCAGAGGGACAGUUUCGAGGAGAGUUUGAGAAAACGAUCGACCGAUUCAAUUUACAUAAAUCCACGCUUCGACCCUAACCUCAAUCACGAGGAAGCAGCAGCGGUGAACAGUAGAAAGGAGUUGGAGGUCCAUCGUUACGUCGAUAAAAUGAACGAGAGCUCGUUUCAGAAGAGAUUGAGCGGCGGUAGUAAUUUCAGUGGUUCGACCAAUAACCAAUAUUGUCCUCGGCUCAACGGACCCUGUUCUUGCGAAGAGGAGACAAACAAAUCGAGAAAUUUCAACUGCGAGAAAGACGUACUGUCGUCGUCUAAGAGAAAAGAGGAGAAGAAAAUUUGUGAGAAGAACUUCGAUUGGAUUUUUAAAGAUCCACCGUGUACCAAGUCCAAGCCACGAUAUCCUUCCUCUCGAAGUUUUAGCAGUCUCUCUUCUACACGAUCGACCAAGGGAGUUACCUUCGAUAAAAAAUUGACGGAAAUGCCAAUUUUCGAAAGGACACCUUGUCAAAUUCCAAGAUCAUCUAGAAAAAGCGACAAAUCGUCUUUCAUUGAAAAGAAAGUACAUUACGAGCCAAAAUGUAUAAGAAUGAGCGAUCUUAGAAAAGACGAGGAAGACUUUUGUUACGUCUGUGAAAACAAAAAAAUCGAUAAUAUAAGAAAUCGAAAGCUGUGUAAGUUGGUACGAAGCAAGGAGGGAAAGGUAUUGAUGAAAUGUUGCUGUUCCGACAACGAACAAGAAAACAACACGAAAUGCAAUGACUGUUGUUGUUGUCCUGAAAAUCGUAAGCAGUUCCAAGCUCGUCAAAAAUGCGACAUUUCGACGACCUACGAGAAAUAUCCGGAGGAUAAGAAUUACUUACCUACGAACUCUCUUUCAGGUAACAAUUUUCGAAUUGAUUCGUCAGACAAACCUGCAGAAAAUAUCUGCAAAAGGAAGGAGGAUUUAUCUCUAAAAACACCGUUUCUUGAUCAUUGGAAGAAAUGUAACGAACGUUUGAAGGAAGUCAGCGAGGAUUACGAGAAAUUGUCUACCAAUUUAAAGACCAUGCGAGACAUUUGCUAUCGUCGUAAUAAAACUAGAAGGAAAACCGACGGAUCUUAUCCGUCUGGAAAAGAUUCGUCCUUCGGUGAGCUAAGAGAUUCACCGAAAAGAACGAUCGACGUUCGUUCUUCCUUUCGACCGAACGAAAUCGAGGAAAACAAUGAUUGCGAUUGUAGAGAGUUCUUUCGUGAAACCUUACAAUACCCGUACGACCGUUAUGGAAGAUCCAUGAAACGACACGAAACGAAACACGAUACGAAGUCGAAGAAAAAACUUGAAAAGGAUUCGAUUAGGAAGCUUGAGGGCUUUUGCGAUAGAGUCAAAACUCUGAAUCGAUCUCUCGAUACAAGGAAAGGGAAUCCAGAGAGCAAAGCUUUAAACGAGAAUCGUUUACACCAAGAAUGUCGGUACGACAGUGAAACGAGCGUUCAAGAAUUAUGGAGACCUAUCAAAAUGAAUAAUAUUUCGCGAAAAGAGUGGCCAUGUAAUACGGUUGAUCUUAGGAUCGUCAAGCCAAAGAAUAGUUCUGGUAAAACGAGUCUCGAAAAGAUUUUAAUAUAUCCACCCGAUGAUGUAACUGGUCCACCCUUGACACUCUUUAAAAAUUCCUCGAAUAUCAGCUGUCAGGUUAAGGGUAACGAGGAUAAUGGUUACAGAUACAACGUUACCUACGUUCAAAAAUUCAUUAGUCCUAUUUGGCGGCCGGAGGUCGAAUGUCCAAGUAACAAGAUUCGUCAUAGGAGAGACGAAUGUGAUUGUUCGUCGGAUUAUGGCUGAUAUUUUUGUCGUUUUUAUCACGUUCUUUGUCCUAUGAAGAAUAUGAGAAUUAUUUUAUACCGAUCCUAACUGUGUGACGACAGGCAUAACAUCGGAAAAUAUAUCUCGGUUAGAAGCGAGAACUUGAUCAAAAAUUGAAAAUACCAAAAGAAUUAGAUCUCGAAUUGUAAUUGAUAGUAGAUUUAAUUUAUCUUGGCAUUUUAAGGCUUUCUGAUAAUUUUUAAAUAUACGUUUGUGAUAUUUUUAUAAUGUCUUUUAAUUUUCUACGUAAUUUUAUGUUUCGUUUGAUCAGAGAAGUAUCGAUCCAACCGGUCUAAAUGUUUAAUUUGCAAUUUAACAUAGAAAAUGGUUUUGCAAGGAUAUUUAAUGUAUCAAAAGGAAAUGUAAUA